AUGUCGUCGCCGCCGCCCGCCACGAUCCAGACGACGGCGCCCAUCCUCGCGUGCGAGACAUGUGACGCCAGCACGUUUACCUCGCGCAACCAGCUCUUCCGCCACAUCAAGGACUGCGCAGUCAACAUGACGUACGUCGCCGACGUCGAAGCGACCGUGCCGACGGCCGAGACGACCGACUUGUACUACUAUGUCACGGGUGGUCGCCUCUGCGGCAAGACGCUCGGGUCCGUCGAGCGCUACUCGUUUGCACGCAACUGCUGGGAAAGCGUCCCGUCCAUGCUCGAGAACCGGGGUUCGCACGGCGCGGUCGGCGUUGGCACCGAGCUCUUUGUGCUCGGCGGCGGCGGCUUCCGCUCCAACCUCGCGACGUGCGAAAAGUUCGACGUCUCGGCGGCGACGUGGUCGCAGAUUGCGCCCAUGACCACGUACCGCCACGCGCUCGCGGUCGUCUACAUCCCCGAGACCAAGAGCAUUUACUGCGCUGGCGGCUGGGUCAACGGCUUCAAGUGCUCGCCCGUGCCGCGCCGGCUCCUCGGUGCCACCGCGCACGACGGCAAGCUCUACGUGUUUGGCGGCAACGCCGACGACCACGACCACGAAAACAAGCAGUGGUACUCGAACGUCGUCGAGUGCUUUGACCCGUCGACCAACACGUGGAGCCGCAAGGCGCCGCUGCCGAUUGCGGGCCCAUGCUCGGCGGUCACGAUCGGCAAGCACAUCUUUGUGCUCCUCCACGGCCGGUCCGUCGUGCGCUACUCGCCGACCGACGAUACGUACGUGACGAUGGCGAACCUCCCGCUCCCCGAGUGGUACUGCUUUGACGCGGACGUGGCCGGCACGACCAUCUAUGCGCUCGGCGGCAUCUCCAAGGGCGUCUGGUCGCGCGAGUUUUACGCCUACGACACGAUCGCCAACACGUGGGCGCGGCUGCCACCGAUGAAGAAGCGUCGGUAG